GAUACAGUUUACGGCAUCAGCUGGGGAUAGACGUGGAGGCUGAGAGCGGAAUGGCGGCGGCGGCCGAGGAGGUGCAGCAAGUACCGGGCGGUAACAGCAGCUGGGACAAAGACCUAGCUGAAGCUUUGGAUGAAGGCGGCUAUGACCUGGAAACACUAAGAAACAUAAUUCAAGGACGAUGCAUACCAACAGACCAAAGGGGCAAAGUUUGGAAGAUUUCACUAAAUGUAGCAGGGAAAGUGGGCAGCUUAGGAUCAUGGGAUGGAUCUCUAGAUCUACCUGAACAGGCAUUAAUACAGGAUGACUGCCAAAAACUCAUAGACUACCUUUCAAUACCACAAGAGGAAAAGGCACAAUUACUUUCAGAUGUUGAAUCUGUGAUCACAUUCUACUGCAAAUCCCGAAAUGUCACAUACACCCAGAGUCUUGGCUGGACCGACCUGCUUAAACCUCUUGUUCCACUCCGAUUGCCACGAAAUGAUUUGUAUAACUGUUUUUAUGCCAUCAUGAAUAAAUAUAUACCUAGAGAUUGUGUCCCCAAGGGUCGACCAUUCCACCUCUUCAGGCUUCUUCUGCAGUAUCAUGAACCAGAGCUUUGCUCUUUUCUUGACACAAAGAAAAUUACUCCAGACUCGUAUGCAAUCAACUGGGGAGCAAGCCUCUUUGCUGGUUGUUGUACAGAAGAUGUUGCCCAGCUGAUGUGGGAUGUGUAUCUACAGCAAGCAGACCCUUUCCUAAUUUUCUUUCUCAUGUUAGUCAUUCUAGUUAAUGCAAAAGAAUUUAUAUUGUCUCAAGAGGCAGAAUGUAAGGCAGACCUCAUUCGAUCUCUUGAACAUAUUCCAUGCAACCUGGAGACAGAAGAUAUAGAGGAUCUCUAUUCAUUGGCACUGUAUUAUUAUACCCGAACACCUGCUUCAUUUAGAAAGGAUAACCAAAAUCUGUUUGGAAGUAAUCUACUGGGAUUGAAAGAUGAUGAGAUGGAUCUGAGCCAAGCUUUAUGUUUGCCUGUUUCGGUAUCGGAGAUCCUACAAGCAAAUCAACAAGGGGAUGGAGUUCGUUUCUUUGUAGUGGAUUGUCGACCUGCAGAACAGUACAAUGCUGGGCAUCUUUCUACAGCAUUUCAUUUAGAUUCUGACCUGAUGCUGCAGAACCCUGCAGAGUUUGCACUUUCAGUUAAGUCCCUUUUGGAAGCACAGAAACAAUCCAUCGAGUCAGGGUCAGUCGCAAGUGGCGAACAUCUGUGCUUCAUGGGAAGUGGCCGAGAAGAAGAAGACAUGUAUAUGAACAUGGUGCUGGCCCAUUUUCUACAGAAAAAAAAGGAGUAUGUUAGCAUUGCCAGAGGGGGCUUUAUGGCAUUGCAGCAGCACCUUGUAGACAUAAAUGUAGAUGGUCCAGAAAAUGGCUAUGGUCACUGGAUUGUUAGUACAUCUGGAUCUCGUGGAAGUAUCUCUUCUGAUGGCGACUCCCCAAAUGGCUCAGGUGAUGGAAGGGGAGUCAAGUCAUUAGUAAAUAAAAUGACUUUUGCUCUUAAAUCCAAAUCUGUGAACGUAAAAGAGAAGGUGAUCAGUUUCAUUGAGAAUACAUCAACACCAGUUGAAAGAAUGGCUUUUCAAGUUCCUUGGCCAGAAAAAGUGAACCUCAAUUGGCAUGUGAGCAGCAGUGACAGGGUAGGAAAACCCUAUCGGGGGGUAAAGCCUGUCUUCAGUAUUGCAGAUGAAGAGGAGUAUGAUACAGAUGAAAUUGACAGUUCUUCUAUGUCCGAUGAUGAUCGGAAGGAGAUGGUGAAUAUUCAGACAUGGGUGAACAAGCCUGAUGUUAAAUACCACUUUCCAUGUGAUGAGGUGAAAGAAACAGGACAUAUGUUUCCAAGUCACCUUCUGGUAACAGCAACUCACAUGUACUGUUUGCGAGAAAUGCCAUCUCGAAAAGGAUUUGCUUACAUUCAAUCACGGCAGGCCCUGACCUCAAUGGUGAAAAUUACGUCCAAGAAAAAGCACCCAGAGCUAAUUACGUUUAAAUUUGGAAACAGUAAUGCCUCACCAGUAGAGAUCUUGGCUGUGGAAAGGUAUUUGAUACCAAAUGCAGGAGAUGCAACUAAAGCCAUAAAACAGCAGAUCAUGAAAGUCCUUGAUGCAUUAGAAAGCUGAUAAACAAACAACUCAAGACGUUGCCUUCAAAAGCUUAAGAGACUGAGAACACAAAAGAUGAUGGACAUUUCUCUUUGGAUGAUUAACCCACCAGAAGUUCUGUUUGUAGCAGAACAUCUGGAGUUUGACUCAACUGAUACAGAUUUGUAGGUUGUUCCAUAACAUUCUGUUGUUUGGUGCACAGCAAACUGGGAAUUAUCUAAGAAUUUGAACUUUCUUUGAGAACUAAACUCCUAAAAGGCAAACUUAUGUUGAAGGCAAAAUGUUUGGUGCAUUUGAAUAUUCUUAACUUAUAAUUGUUAAUACAGGUAUUUGUUUUUUUUUCAAAUCGUUUGAUAUGAAGUUUCCUUAAUGGCUAACAUAUUCCCCUUAGAUUUAAUAAUCAAUGUGUAGAAAUAACAAUCUUUACCUUGGAUGUUUAUGUUUAAGCACCUUAAUUUGAAACAACAUCUUUUAAUACAAUACUAAAGUACUAAUACUGUUUCCACCAGGCUUUUAGCAUAAAUAUGCACUUGUAAAAGGCGUAUUCAGGUCAUGCUGUCCCUGAAGUUCUGUUCCCCUGUGAAAUUUCUGUUGCAACUUUUACUUUGUGCCUACUUCAGUAAUGUCAUUUUCAGUAAAUGAGUGUAAAAAUAAAUUUGUGUUACGGUAUGCCACCUAUUGCUGUUUAUGAAACACAGCUGUAAAUAAACUGGGAGAAUUUAAUCUUCAUUUUUGCAAUUAAUUAUCUGUCACUUAAAACUGUGCACAGUAUAAUCUAACCCACCCAGUAUUUUGCAUUCCAAAAGGGUAAUGUUGGGAAUUUCUGGUUUACAAACUACUGUAAUUUCAGAGUAUUAAUGGCUGACUUACUACAGUAUUUACAAUAAAUGUGUUUGCACAAGCUUAAUAUGAGAUUACCCAAAGAAAUUCAGUUUUUGACUUCAUUCUGUUCAAAUUGAAUGAUAUGGCUAUUCUUCCCUGUCAAAAUUGUUUAGUGUCAACAGUUACAUGUUUACUGGCUUUAUCCUUCUUGCAUGCCUGCUAUAAACAUAUUUUUGUUAUCCAUAGAGACUGUGUUUUUUAAAAUAAAACCAACUUGAUCCUCUUCA